AAUAUUGAAUUGAACACAUAAAAUUAAAAACUACUCUUUUCGUAACACUUUAUAAGUAAAAAUAUACUUUUUAGGUUCAUUGUAUAUUUAAUGUAUCUAGUCUAUAUUAUGAAUCAGAUAAAUUAAAUAUACAAUGAACCUGAAAGUGUAUUUUUUCAUAUAAAGUGUUACGGAGGAAGUAUGUCUUUUAAAUCAAAACAAUCUUAGCCUUUAAUUUUAGAUUAGGCAGCCGACAUUAUAAAGUGCUUAUGUUAAAUUUCCCCUAUAACAUGAAGAGUCUUAUAAAUUUGGAAGAUAGAGGUGGAGUUUGUAAGGUUGCAUCAUGUGGUUUCUUGUGCUUCUUUCUCUGUUGCCAAUCUUUAUUCUAUUUAUCAUCCAUAUACACAAAACAAAGAGUACUAGAAGAACAUCAUUAAUUCCACCAGGUCCUAAACCACUUCCUAUAAUUGGAAAUCUACACCAAAUUGACCCUUCAUCACCACAUCACUCCUUAUGGCAACUUUCCAAACAUUAUGGACCUAUCAUGUCUUUGCACCUUGGCUAUAUCCCAACCUUAGUUGUUUCUUCAUCAAAAAUGGCAAAAGAAGUGUUGCAAACCCAUGACCUUAAAUUUGCAAGUAGACCAGCUUUCCUAGGACUAAGAAAAUUGUCUUACAAUUGUUUAGAUUUGGCUUUUGCACCUUAUAGCCCUUAUUGGAAAGAAAUGAAAAAACUUUGUGUUCUUCAUCUAUUUAGCUCUCAACGUGUUCAUUCUUUUAGACCCAUUAGAGAAAAUGAAGUGGUCCAAUUGAUUCAAAAGUUGUCACAAUAUGAUGGUGAUGAAAAAGGUGUUAACUUAAGUGAAAAAAUGAUGUCUUUCACAAAUACACUUAUAUGUAAGAUAGCUUUAGGGAAAAAAUAUGUUUUUGAUUAUGAGGAAGAAGUUGAAUUGGGAAGUGAACAAAGGAGAAGUAAAUUGCAAAUUUUGCUUAAUGAAGCUCAAGCUUUGUUAACUGAAUUUUACUUUUCAGAUCAUUUUCCUUUGUUAGGUUGGGUUGAUAAAGUCAAAGGAACUAUUUGGAGGCUUGACAAAACUUUCAAGGAAUUGGAUUUGAUAUACCAAAGAGUCAUUGAUGAUCAUAUGGAUAAUUUAGCAAGGCCUAAAAGCAAGGAACAAGUGGCUGAUAUCAUUGAUAUAUUAUUGCAGAUGAUGAAUGAUCAAUCACUUCAUUCACUUUCUUUUGAGCUCACUUUUGACCACAUCAAAGCUUUGCUUAUGGAACAGACACAAGUUCAGCAAUAGUGGUUUGGGCUAUGACAGCAUUGAUGAACAAUCCUAGAGUGAUGAAUAAGGUUCAAAUGGAAAUCAGAAACUUAUAUGAAGAUAAAGAUUUCUUAAAUGAAGAUGAUAUUGAAA